UUUGCCCACGGCGCUCCUAUUGGUUUACAAGUGACGUGAUGACACGGAGGAGUUGGGCUUCACACUUUAUAAAGCUCCCCUGUCCGCGGCGAGCCGCUCUUUUACAGAUCGCUGUGGCUGAAACUUCUCGUCGGCAACUCACUGGGAAAAACGGGCGACGCUGCUGUCCACCAUGAGCGAGAGACAAGCAUCCGGAGCAGCCUCUGGCAACACCAAGACCGCUGGAGGACAAGCUGAGGCCAAGACAGACGUCCCAGAGGAUUUUGACAUCGACAUGGACGCCCCGGAGACCGAGAAGGCAGCGGUCACCAUCCAGUCCCAGUUCAGGAAGUUCCAGAAGAAGAAGCGAGACGAGAAGUCCUAGUGAGCGCCAUGUUGCUCCGUCACUGUGUGGGCGUGUGUGGGGCUCGGGACAGGGGCAGCACAGUGGCGAUGGUGUGAGAUUUGCAUGUAAACAAAUUCAUACCUGUGGAAACUCUUGGGACUCUCGGGGCGGGGGGCAGGGGGGUUAACCAUAAGAAAUGUCUGCAAAUUCUCUUUAUCCUGUCAUAUUAUGACCAUUAUUUAAUAUUUUAAACUAAUAACAUGAAGCAUCUGGCUUGUAUCCUGCCAUAUCUGUUGCAUCCACCAUAAGGUCUAGACUGUUCUUUGUGUUAGAUUAUGUUUUUGUACGUGUUGGCUCGGGAUGAUGUUUCCUGGAAAGCAUCUGUGAGCAGGUGUAUCAGCAGCAGAUGCUGACGUGAAGGUUGUUUGUAGAGAACUUAGCUCGGAGCUUUUCUUUUCACCCUGAAGUGUUUUUUCUUACCUGCAUGGUUCUAUGAAGACUGUCUCUCCGUGUACAUUAAAAUAAUAAAACCUAUGUGUGGAAACUGUG